CGAAGAGCAUGAAAGAGAGCUAGAUCGAGGGAGCACUUCAACAAAUAAACAAACGAUUCUUGGUUUUUUGGGCUAGUUGCUAGACUCUAGCUAGAAUUUAGACAGCUAAAUGCUAGUACAACAGUGUGUGCUCUCAAUAAAACUAAAUUAAAACAAGUUGUUACUUUGUUUUUCUUUUUUGUAUUUUGCUAUGAGGUUGCCAAGAUUAUUCUUUCACUUAGUGAAAAAACAACAAGGCACUUUCUUUAGAGCAAUGAGUGGCAGCAGCAGCAGCAGCAUUAUUCCCAAGACUGUCAAUCCGGACAUUCAAAGAGAACGAGACAAUGCCUCAUUCAAUGUGGAAGACUUUGCCAUAUGGUGGCAUGGUGGCCAAGAUAAAUUAAAAUUGAAACGAUAUGUGGAAAAAUCCGUUUACGCUGACAUGAAGGAAGAGAGCAUGUUCAAAACCCUUAAUUUAUCCCAUGAAGACUUAUACACUGAAGCUGUCAAAGAUUCUAUACGACUAGCGAAAAAGUUGCAAAAGUUACAGGCCGAAUUGAAUCCGGGUGGUACCGAUAUAUGGCCUGGACUUUUUAGUGGCACCAAUAUGUGGGGUGCACAGCCGGCUGGAAAUCCCUUCACCGUGCAUCUCUCUGUGACAAUUGAGGCCAUACGCAAUUUGGGCACUGACGAACAAUUUGAGAAAUUCGGUAAACCAGCCGAGAAUUUUGAUAUCGCUAUAGCAUAUGCCCAAACAGAACUAGGCCAUGGGACAUUCUUAAGGGGCUUGGAGACCAGAGCUGAUUUUGAUCGCGAAACCGAUGAGUUUAUUUUGAAUACACCAACGAUAACCGCCUAUAAAUUUUGGCCUGGCGGAUUGGGUCACUCAUCCACACAUUGUAUUGCCAUGGCGAAUUUAUUUAUCGACAAUGAGCCAAAGGGUGUGGCCACCUUUUUUGUACCUCUGCGUGACAUGGAGACAUUUAUGCCUUUGCCAGGCAUCGACAUUGGUGACAUUGGUAAGAAAUUUGGUUUCUAUGGAGUCAAUAAUGGAUAUUUGGGCAUGAAAAAUGUUCGCAUACCCCGCACAAAUAUGCUAAUGCGUCAUGCUCAAGUUAAUCGCGAUGGCACUUUUGAGCAGAGUCCAGCAGCAGGAUUGAGUUAUUUUUCAAUGCUCUCUGGUCGUUGUUGGAUAGCCUCCAAUCAUGCAGCAAUGUUGGCAGUGGCCACCACCAUAGCCACUCGCUAUUCGGCGGUGCGAAGACAAUCGCCCAUAAAUCCCAAAGAACCCGAGGUUCAAAUUAUGGAUCAUGUGACGCAACAAAUGAAACUGUUUCCCGAAAUAGCCACUUGCAUUGCUAACAAAUUGGCUACUCAGAAAUUGGGUCAGAUCUAUCAACAAACAGCUGCUGAGAUAAAGCGUGGUAUAUUCACAGGCUUGCCUGAAAUACAUGCGCUCUCAUGUGCCAUGAAAGUGCUCAGCACCAGUGACAGUGCUUCAGGAGUGGAGCGUUUGCGCUUAGCUUGCGGUGGCCAUGGCUAUUUGGCCUCUUCCAACAUGAGCAAUUUGUACACCACCACCACUGCAGGCUGCACGUAUGAAGGUGAAAAUACUGUCUUGUUGCUGCAAGUGGGUCGAUUUUUAAUGAAAUCGGGUCAGCAAGCAUUGGCCGGUAAGCCAUUGGCUCCCACUGUGUCAUAUUUACAAACGGCUGUCGUUGAGAACUGGUCGGGAUCAUUGGAGAACAUUGUACAAGUAUUGCAAAGUGCAACGGCAAACAAAACUCGUUUGGCUUUGGAAAACAUAGCGGCCCGCAUGCUGGGUGGCCAAACGCAGGGUGAAGCUGCCAAUAAUGCAGGCAUUGAAUUGACCCAAGCAGCUGAGUUAUACGGACGCUGUUUUAUAGCGAAAACCUUUCUGGAAGAAAUGACAGGUCCCAGCUCGAAGAACCGUAGUCCUGCUUUAAAUAAAGUUUUGCGAAAUCUCUUGGAAUUGUAUUUGGUGAAUACAGCCUUGAAGAAUAUGAACGAAAUACUCAGAGUCAUACAAAUUUCCGAUGCCGACUUACGUGCUCUGCAAAGACGUUUGGAGGACUCCUUGGCGGCUAUACGCAAAGAUGCUGUGGCAAUUUGUGAUGGCUUUGAUUUUCAUGACAGAAAUUUAUUAUCAACUUUGGGUGCUUAUGAUGGCAACGUUUACGAACGCAUCUUUGAGGAGGCCAAAAAUAGUCCUUUGAAUCAGCAACCGGUGCCUAAAGUUUUCCAUACGCAUUUAAAAUCUUUCAUGAAAUCGAAAUUGUAAAGUUGUUUAUUGCUUUAUAAUGCUAUUGUCAUGAGGGUUUGUUAAUAAUUUUUUUAUAUCUGUAUAUUUAUUUUUUAUAUAUUGCAUUUAAAGUUGAAAAUAUAAAUUUUUAUUGGUAA